AUGACGACGACUACGGCGCUCGUCCUCAACCAACUCAACGGCCCAUUCAGUUUCGAGACGGUGAAACUAGACACGUUGCGUCCGGACGAGGCGCUGGUAGAGAUACACGCCAGCGGCAUCUGCCAUACCGACCUGGCAUGCGCCGACGGUACUCUUCCCGCCUUUGCCCCGGCCGUCCUCGGACACGAAGGUGCUGGUAUUGUCUUGAGGCUCGGCUCGCAAGUCGAGAAUGUUGCCGUGGGCGACAAGGUUCUCCUAUCCUUCUCUCACUGCCGGGACUGUAGACCGUGCAAGGCCGGCCAUCCAGCCAAUUGCCACCUGUUCAAAUCGCUGAACUUUGGCGGCAAGAGACCCGACGGAUCCAGUGUCAUGCACAAACAAGACGACAAAGGCGGACACCCAUUCUUCAGCCGGUUCUUUGGACAGAGCUCCUUCUCCAGACACGCCGUCGUGUCCAUGUCCAGCCUGGUCAAGGUCCCAAGCGACACGGACUUGGCACUAUUCGCGCCGCUUGGGUGCGGACUGCAAACGGGUGCCGGGGCCGUCUUGAACACUCUCGACGUCCAAGCCGGCAGCAGUGUUGCGGUAUUUGGCGCGGGAUCGGUCGGGAUGAGCGCCAUCAUGGCUGCCAAGAUGCGACGGGCCGGCGUGAUUAUCGCCAUUGAUCUUCAACAGUCCCGACUAGAUCUGGCAUCCCAACUUGGUGCCACGCACACCGUCCUCGGAAACGCGCCCGACAUACUGGCUCAGAUCAGACAACUCGCCCCUCCCAACGGCGUCGACUAUGCCGUGGACUGCACCGGGGUUCCCGCCGUGAUCGAGACCAUGAUUGAGGCUCUCGGAAGCCGUGGCCACGCAGCGUCUGUGGGAGCACCGACUCCCGGAAAGAAGACGGGGGUCGACAUUUUCGCCCACGUCGUCCACGGCAGGCGGUAUUCGGGAUGUUGCGAGGGCGACUCGAUCAUCCCCUACUUGAUGGAGGAAUACUCCAAGGGAAACUACCCCGUGGACAAGUUGGUCACGUUCUAUGACUUUGGCGAUUUUCAGCAGGCAAUUGAUGACACAAAGCGAGGAACAGCCCUGAAGGCAGUACUAGUGUGGAAGGAAUAG